UCUUGAAGUCGGCGAGACUGAAAGCAUUAGUAUGGCCUCAAGAUGGUGUUCUUCUAUCAAUAGUUUCUAUGAUAGGAGAGCUCUAAUUUGUGAAAGCUUUGCAAAGGCAGCUUUCACUUUCGAAUCAGGUCCUUCGUAAACUGGUACUCAAAAUGUUUACUGUGUUCAUAGGGUUCGAAAUCGCUUGAUGAAAGUAGUUCUUGUUCCUCUUCGUAAAUCCUUGUGAGUGCAAGAAGGUUUGAUUCAAUCACACAGAGGGCUGUUGUGUCAACCAUUAUGAAGCAAAUGUUUUCAGGCUUUUCUACUGAGGAUUGCAAUGAAAGGCUUAAGGUUUAUGUUGAUAUUGCAGCGAGAACAUUGAGGAAAAGGGAAUUGUGGCUUCUUCAUGAAAUUGCAGCUUCUUUGAGGGAUUGAAGUGGUGGAAAAGUUGUGGACUCUCAACGGGAGAAACUUGUUUACUAUGUACAAAAGAAAGGAAGCCUUAGAAACUGUCUGGCGAUUUAUGGGAUAUCAAGAGACAUGACUAAAACACAGGAGGACAUUUGUGUAUCAAUGGAGCUAUUAAUUUCAGAACUCAGUGAAGAACCCUGCAAGGGAAAGAUAGUGAAUAAUACUGAAAUUUAUCCUACGCUUUGCAAGAUUGAAGGAUGCAAUCUUCAAUCCAACUUUGAGUUCAUGAGAAAAUACAAGCCAAGAGAAGAUGCCGCGAAAGAUAUUUGUUUUGGUGACUUCGAAUUUCAACAGGCAUCUGCUAACUACUGGGGCAUGUGGGGGGAGUUACAAGAGAAAGAAAGGGUAUACAGAAUUGCCAGGGAUUGUGUUUCGGAAUCUGAGAGGUGAUUUGAGUUUUCCAGCAAGGCACUCCAACGGGGUGACAAUGGUUAAUGGAUAUUCAAAUGAUUCACUGCCAGCAUUAUUGGAGAGAGAUGUUGUUCCACUGCUAGAACAUUUGGUGAGAUUAGUCCACCCUGAUCAAGUUAUGAAAUCAGCCGUUUCUGGAGAGUUGUAUGAGAAUUUACUUGUAUAUAAUUGAUGUAUAAGAAAACACUACUAAUAAGAAACUUGGC